AUGACAGCGGAGAAGAAAAAUAUAAAGCAAGCAUCGAAACGAUCUGCAUUACAUUCUCCGAUUGACACGGAUCAGAUCAAUAAUUAUGUUGUAAAGAAUGCAGUUGAUUGGUCAGAUGAUUAUGAGUUUCUGUCGCCCAAUGAAAUAUUCAUGAAUUCUAUAGGUCUCAUAUUCAAUUUAACUUCAAAACGCUUGAUUCAAACGCCUUUUCUAAAUCUUUAUAAACGAAGUUUAAAACUUACAUGGGUGAAUUUAUUGGUCCGUGAACGAUGCAAUUUAAAAUCAAAUGCCAAUUCAGUAGAAAAAUGUUUUAUACUUAAUCGACUCAUUACGGAAUGUGGAAAGGAUCCCUUUCAAUUCGCUCGACAAACCGGAGAAUUAUAUGAAGAAAUUAAAAUGAGAAUAUCGGCUAAAGUAUUGCCAGCGUCUUGGACUUUUGAGGAUAUUAUUAAUCAAGUACAACUUUGGCGAACUGUACAAUCUCAACGACGUUUAUUUUAUGUUAGUCAUUCAGAAGCAAAACAACCUCAUAGUCUACUUACGUUGCAAUGCAUCAUUACGCCAAUGUAUUCUCAUCUCCUAAGAUCUUAUCAAAAUAAUCCUAACAAUGAAAACUAUAAUUACUUACGACAACUUUUAGAAAAUUGUUUUAUUAUCAUCACUCAACCAUCGAUUCCCGAGUGUGUUGCAGCAACUAAAUAUGACAAAUCUGAGAACAGAUAUUUAGCUAAAUUACAUUCUCGUGUUUUAUGUCUAUUAGAUCCGAAUACGGUUGAUGAUAGUUUACAAUUGUUCGACGUUGGUGUUACACUUUUUCCAUCUGCUCGUAACGCCGAUUUAUGCGGAGAAAGACAAGAAGAACUUAAAUGGCAUAAAAGACAAAUACUCGACACUGAAAACAUACUGAGAUCAUUUCUCUAUGUUGAACUUCAAGCAAUUGAAUUAAUACAAACGGAUCGAACAAAUUCGAAACCUUUAUAUAACUCUAAAAUGUUUCAAAUAGAAUUCGAAAUUAAAAUUAGAAUAAAUGUACUCAGUGUUGUCGAAACCGUUCGACUAAAUUCGCAAAAUUUUGGCAUUUGUUCACAUGCUCAAUAUUAUCCAGACUACGUUGCUCAAGUUCUUCUAUAUGAAGUUGCGCAAACAUUAGAACCUAAAGACUCACUGAUUCAACCAAAUGUUCUCACGGAGUAUAUUAAUCGAUAUUUUAUGCGGAUAUCAGGUGUUGCACUAAAAAUUUAUACUGCGCAAUAUAUUACUGAGAUUUUACAAAUAGCUUAUGAAGAAAAAGCAAGAACUAAUCAUAGCACAUCCGCGGAAAUCUAUCAAGGGAUUGUAGCAAAAUUAAUUAGUCAAAUGGAAACGUUCACUGAUUAUCCAUUUCUUUCAAUGAUGUAUCAUGAUGGCUUAUUUCUUAGUAUCUGUGACAAGGCCUUAGAUCAACAACUGCAUGGCACUCGGCAGCAACCACACAUAUUAAUUCGUUUCAAUUCACUGACAGAACAUCAAUCGGUUCAAAGUGCAUCUAUAAAAUUUAUUGUUCAUAAUGGUCAAUUGACAAGAGCUGUAUUUCAUUCGAAAGCAUUUAUAGAUGAAAUGUGCGAAAUGAUUUGUAAAGCGAGCUCAUGCAAAAAUAUAAAUAUGAACUUUCAACUCGAAGUAACAAAUCGUAAAUUUCAUGAAUUUAGUUUGUAUUUUGGCGACGAAUUGUAUCGACUCAGUUCCAGUGUAUCGCAAGUCAACGGCGCUUAUCAACCAUUGAUACCUGUUCUUUGGGAUAUGGUGAGAAUAAGUGCUGGAGAACAACCAAAACAAAAUGAAGAGCAACUCGCGAACUCAUUUUCAUUUGAUACAAUACCUAAACCAGUGGAUGUAUCUCAGUCAAGUAACUGUUCAACGGAUUUUAUUCCAAACGAAGUGGCCGAUUUUCUGAUGAAUACUUCAACUGAAAAUAUACCAUCCACUUCGAAGAGUAUUGCAAGAGUAAAUGCACUUUUAUCCACAAUGCCUACUGGAGAAACGCAACAACGAAAGGAAAUUGUAAUGCAUUUAUUGCGUGAUUGUUUUCAACCUAAAACAUAUGCUGAGGCUGCCACACAAACUUCACCAUUUGAUUCAAAUAGUACAUUCGAUCAUAUGCUCGAUGAUAUCUAA